UCUGGGUGUGUUCAGCUCUGCGCUGAUUCUGCGCAGUGCUGUCGCUGCAGCUGUGUGUGAGAGAGAGAGACAGCGGGGUACAGAGGAGCUGAUCCGCACCGCCGCCUGCAGUCAUGAUUCCCCGAGCUCUCACCUUCCUGCCGGUGCUGCUCCUGUCCUGCUUCACCGCCGCCAAACAGAAAGACUUUUACACCUUUAAAGUGGUGAACAGCAGAGGGAGAUUAGUGUCUCUGGAGAAGUACCGGGGCUCGGUAUCUCUGGCGGUGAAUGUGGCGAGUGAGUGUGGAUUCACAGAGGAACACUAUACUGAUCUGCAGCAGCUCCAGCGGGAUUUUGGUCCAUAUCACUUUAAUGUCCUCGCCUUCCCCUGUAAUCAGUUUGGGCAGCAGGAGCCGGGCAGUGAUAAGGAGAUCGACAGCUUCGUCCGGAGAGUGUACGGAGCCUCCUUUCCACUCUUCAGCAAGAUCGCUGUGGUGGGGACAGGAGCCAACAACGCCUUCAAGUACCUGGCAGAGGCCUCUGGGAAGGAGCCGGACUGGAAUUUCUGGAAGUAUCUGAUUGAUGUAGAUGGAAAGGUUGUAGGAGCCUGGGGUCCUCGAGUGUCGGUGAAGGAGAUUCGUCAGCAGAUAUCCGACAUGGUGCGAAAACUCAUCAUCAAGCGCAAAGAGGAGCUUUAACAGAAUGUGGCCAAAGUCAAAAGAUCCCACCUGAAAGCACAACACUCCCACACUCCACUUCAACCACAAAUGCACACUUGUGGAUCAUUAGAAAAACCUUCAAACCACGAGGAGCUUUCUUACUAGAACCCUUCAAAUCUCUGAAGCACUUCAGGAGAAUCCUUCAGUUCUUUAGAGCACCUUCAAAUCCUUUCUUUGAGGAGACCCUCAGAAGAACCUUCCCAUUCAGUUUAAGGGCCUUUCACACCACACUUAAGGGGCAGACUAAAACAACUGCACCGAGACACGUGAGAGGAGGUUGUCUUGUUUUGGUUUCAAACGAACUCUAAAACUCUAAAUUUUGGUGAGAGCAUCAUCCGGUCUCGAUUUAACCCAACUACUUAAUAUACUCCUCCUGUUUGAGCUAAACGGCUGUUCAGGUGCAGUUUAAUCUGAUUUGGGCCACUUUCACCUGCUGUGUGAACGUAGCCUUAGGUAAUACUAUAAAUCCCCAACUAGUUGUUCAGUUAGGAAACCAAUUUGACUUUUUGAAGCCAUAUAAGAAAACCUUUAAAUCAGUGGUCGGCAAUAGGCGAAAUAUCUGGCCUGUGAGGUUGUGUGAACUAUAAUGAAUGAUAAUGAAGAAAAAAAAAAACUCUGGCGAGCUUUUGUUUACAUUCCUCCCCUGCUUCUCUGUUGCGCUCGGCGUGACUUUAGUUUUACCCGUUCUCGUUUUUCCACUCGUUCUUGUGCUCCCUAUCUCCUUAUGAGGGUUUUUUUUCCCGGCCUUGUCCCAAUUCACUAGCCAGGGCAGUGGUAGUGAAUUGGACCGCGACCUUGAUGACACAGGUACGAUCCCGCAUGAGGAGCCCUCUGGGCUGAAGAGCUACUAGUCUGUAGCACUCCAUCCCAUUACACUUCAUUUUUCAAAACUUUCCUUCAUUUUUUUGUGGCUCGCAAUGUUAUGGCUUGGAAACUAUCUGGCCCACGGCCAAACUUAAUUGCAGACCCCUGCUUUAAAUCCUCAGCAACGUCAUUAGAAGAGCCCCUUGAAUUAUUAGGAGUAUAUAGCUAGGAUAACCUUUUAAUGCUUUGGAGCCCCCUGAGAAGCACCCUCUUCAUUGUUGGAAGACCACUAAAAAUUUGGUAAACUGGACAUCCCUGUAUUUUUGGGAGCCCCCAUAGGAGAACCCCCCCAGACGUCUGUAUCUCCCUCCUCUACCUCAUCUGUUUCUGCAGUCAUCAACAGAAUUUAAUCAGAAAUUACAGUAAGAAUUUUACAAAUAUAACUAAAUGCAUUCUACUUUGUUGCCUGUGAUACUGUGGAUAAAAUAUCCUGUUUUGUAUACAACUGAUGUAAAAGUUUAAUAAAAUAAAUACAAUUGUG